UUCAUUCCACAAGGAAAACUUCACAUUUGCAGAUAUUUCCACCUCCAGUCAGUGACGCUGUUUAAAGUGCGGGUCUUGCGUAAAAAGGUGCGGUAACGCCCUGCCACGCACGUUCUCUCACGCGCUCUGAUGAGCGACAGCCCCUCUGCGGCUCACUAACCUGAGCCACAAAACAUGAUAUGGCAUCUGUAAGACGUGAUUCCAAACCGGGUGCACACUGCUGACAGAUCCGCCAAAUCAUUAAGGCAGCCAUGAGGGACAGACUGAGUCACCUACAGGCUUUUUCUGUGUCCAGAAGUAAUCUGGAAGAGCAGGAAUAUGCAGACUCAGUCUCGGACUCAUUCAGCAAUGUGGAAUUGGAAGAUGAAUUCCCACAGCAGGCCAUCAUUUUCGGCAACAAUGAGAUGGAUGCUGUGUUUGAUGAGGCUCAAGAUACAAGGCGUGAGAUUCAGUUCAUCCAUCUGGAUGUGAAGCGGCUCAGAGAGCAAAACACGCGCAUCCUUAGUGAACCAACUAGAACCAGCACAAUAAAGCGAGACUCCAAUGCCAUUGCUGCUGACAUCAAAUCCCGUGGGGAAGAUUUGCUGAAACGUCUUCGUGAGAUGGACUCUCAUGCCAAAAAGCUGGAAGAGGAGCAUGGUAUCAAUUCAGCUGUAGCCAGGAUUGCUCGAACACAGUAUGCUGGGCUAAGUAACAGCUUCCGUGAUGUGAUGAUGGAAUACAAUGAAGCAGAGAUGAACCACAAAGAAACGUGCAAAACACAUAUCCAGAGGCAGAUGGAGAUUGUAGGGCGAGAGGUGACGGGUGAGCAGAUUGAGGAAAUGCUGGAGAACGGCCAGUGGAACAUCUUCAGUGAUAACAUUCUCACAGAGGGGAAAACAGCACGAUCUGCACUCACCCAGAUCGAAAGCCGACACCGUGACUUGCUGGAGUUGGAGAACAGACUCAGGAGUAUCCAUGAGGUGUUCCUGGAUGUGGCCAUACUUGUGGAAGACCAAGGGCCCAUGAUAGACUACAUAUUUACCAACAUUCAGAAAACUGAUGCUAAACUCGGAGAAGUCCUGAUUCAACUUGACCAAGCUAAGAGACAUGAUAAAAACAAUCCAUUCAAGAAGAUGUUCUGUAGCUGCUUUCCAUGCUACAAGUAAUUUCUUUGGGCAAAGAUGGCUGACUUUUGAUUAUGUGGAUGAUCAUGGUCUGAAAUGUCUUUUCAGUGUGUCUUCAACAAUCCCUAUUUGGCUAUGAUGAGAAAUUACAGGUAGCCUUCAUAUAGAUAUAAAUAGAUUUAUAUUAAUGUCAGAUGAGCUGAUCAGCUGUUCACAUAAGGUAGAGAAUCUAUUUCCACUAGUUGAUAUGCUCAACUUUGUCCAAAUAACAGACAAAAGUGUGCGUGUGUGUGUGUGUGUGUGUGCGUGUAUGCGUAGUUGAUGUUCAAAAUACACAAAAGCACAUAUGAUAGUAUAAAUAUAGGACUGUAUAAGUAGUACGAGUAUAAAGUAUAAAUUAGCUGUAUGACAUUCAUGCAUGACCUUAUCUCUUUAGAAACUACACCUUUCCAACAUAUAAGCUAGUACUCAUACACUUUAAAAUGAAGGAAAUUUGUUAAGAAUAUUUUUUUAAAAAAUUAAGUAUACUGUUUUCAAUAUUCUUUGUUCUUCCAUAUUCUUGAAACGGAACUGUAUUUAACAGUUAAUGCACUGUGCAUAGGUCAAGUUAUGUUGACCUAUAUUCAAACAUUAAGAGAUAAAGUGCCCCUGAAAUCAAAA